GAUCCAACAAUGUGUGUUUUUUAUUUAACCAAAUGAACAAGCCAAGGAACCUGCUUCUCUGUCUACACCUUCUAACUUUCAUCUCACAAAUGCAAAAACCAAAAAAAUACUGUUUUUUUCUCUAAAGACUUCUUCUCAGCUAAGAACACCAGAAAGAAAGAGAAACUGCAAGGAGAAGAAAAACAAGAAGGGAAAGGCUUUGAAGAUGGGAAUCACAAACCCCUUCAAAGACCAAUCCCUCUCCCUCACAAAGAGACUUCUUCCUUGGACCCUCUAUGCUCUUCUUCCCAUAGUUUUACUUCGCUUAUACUUUUACCCUCUACCUUUCCCUCCAUCUCCAGAAACUGAGCUUCCUCAUUCCACUCCCACCACCAUCAUCUCACAGUCUUCUCUUUCUGCUUCCACACCACCUUCUUCUCCAGAAAAGGAAAAAACUUAUGAGACCCCAUGUGACUACUUUGACGGCAAAUGGAUCCGAGAUAGGAGAGGCCCUUUGUACAAUGGUACAACCUGUGGUACAAUCAAAGAAGGCCAGAAUUGCAUAACACAUGGAAGGCCUGACUCUGGCUAUCUAUACUGGAGAUGGAAACCAAGUCAAUGCAGUCUUCCAAGGUUUGAGCCUCAAACUUUUCUCCAACUCAUUAGCAACAAGCAUGCAGCUUUUGUUGGGGACUCAAUGGCUAGGAACCAAUUAGAGUCCCUUCUUUGCAUGUUAUCCACUGGUUCAACCCCGAAUCUUGUCUACCGGAAUGGCGAUGACAACAAAUUCCGGAAGUGGCACUUUCCUUCUCACAAUGUGAGUGUCUCAUUGUACUGGUCCCCAUUUCUUGUGCAAGGUGUUGAGAAGUCAAACUCAGGGCCAAACCAUAAUGAGUUGUAUUUGGAUCAUGUUGAUGAGAGGUGGGCAAGGGAUAUGGAUCAAAUGGACGUGAUUGUGCUAUCAAUUGGGCACUGGUUUUUGCAUCCUGCAGUGUACUAUGAGGGUGGUUCAGUUUUAGGGUGUCAUUACUGUCCUGGCCUUAAUCACACUGAAAUUGGGUUUUAUGAUGUUUUAAGAAAGGCUCUAAGGACUACCCUUAAUAGCAUAAUUGAUAGGAGAGGGGGUAAAGGCUAUGGAAUUGAUGUAAUUGUAACAACAUUUUCACCUGCACAUUUUGAAGGUGAGUGGGAUAAGGCUGGUGCUUGUUCAAAGACCAAGCCUUAUAGGAAUGGGGAGAAGAAACUUGAAGGGAUGGAUGCUGAUAUGAGAAGGAUUGAGAUUGAAGAAGUGGAAGAUGCUAAGACAAAAGCUAAUAAUUUUGGUGGGAUUAUUAGGUUGGAGGCAUUGGAUGUGACCAAAUUAGCAUUAUUGAGACCAGAUGGCCACCCUGGUCCUUAUAUGUAUCCUUUUCCAUUUGCUAAUGGGCAUCAAGAGCGUGUGCAGAAUGAUUGUGUUCAUUGGUGCUUGCCUGGGCCCAUAGACACAUGGAAUGAGAUUUUACUCGAGAAGAUGAGAAAGUGGGAGGAACAUCCUAGGACUGAAGAGUGAGGUAUUUCUCAUGUCUUGUUAGAUGAUUCUUAUUUGUUAUACUUACAUGUUUUCCACCUCUUGGGUGAUUGGUAUUGCAUUGAAAUGGAUCCAAUUUUGUUUUGGUAGAAUGGAGAACAAUUUUUUUGCGGGGGUGGGAAGAGCAAUUUAAUUGGUGGGUUAUUGUUUUUCUUGCUUGGGGUAAUGGAAAAGGAAAUAUAUAAUAUACUACAUCUUCUAUUGAUGAGGGAGAAUAGAGUGACAAAUUAUUGGUACUUUGAGUAAUGGUGUUUCUGGAAUGAGUUAGAAAUGUACGUAAUGGUUUAAGCCAUUUAUUAGACAUGCUCAUGUUGGGUACAAAAGGGUUUAUAUGCGUAUUUGUGGAGGAAUUCGUAACACAUGGGCUAGUCUUGUCUGUCUUACUCAUUUUGGUGGCCAUCAAUUUUGUCUAGUAGGGUAUUUCAAUUGGGAAACUUCCUUUUGAUUUAAUUUCUCUCAUGUUAAUUUUAUUUGAUCCAUUUUGUCGUUU